GAGGCGCUGCAGCUGAUGCAUUGAAAGCUGGUGGAGGAGCUGGGAUGGGAUUCUGAUAAAGGAGGGGACAAGCAGGCAGAAGAAGGAGAAGAAGGAGAAGAAGGAGAAGAAGGAGCAACGGGAUGGAACCCCAACAGAUCAGAGAAGGAUACUUGGUGAAAAAGCGUACGCUGCUGAGCUCCUGGACCGCCGUGUGGGCGGUGCUGUCUGAAGAUGGGCUGGAAUUCUACAAGAGGAAAACAGACCAGACUCCCAAAGGGAUGAUCCCUCUGAAGGGGGCCACGCUGGUCAGUCCGUGCCAGGAUUGGGGAAAUCGAGUGUUGGUGUUCAAGAUCACCACGCAGAAGAAGCAGGACCACUUCUUCCAGGCCUCGCACGUGGAGGAGCGAGAACUGUGGGUGAAGGACAUCAAGAGGGCCAUCGCUUGCCUGCAGGGGGGGAAGAGGUUCGCCAGGAGGUCCACAAGACGCUCCAUUCGCCUGCCAGACACGGUCAACCUGAAUCUUCUCUACACGCUCCUGAGGGACCAGACUGAAGGCAUCAAGGAGUUAAAACUGGAGCGAGACAACCGAAUCUUCAACCACUGCUUCACUGGCUCCACGGUGAUCGAGUGGCUGACUUCCAAGGAGAAGGCCAGGAACAGACCGGAGGCGCUGAUGUUGGCCACCGGGCUCCUGAACGAGGGCUUCCUGCAGCCUGCCGGGGAUCUCUCAAAAGAGGGGGCGGACAGCGGGGAGAAGUCUGUCUUCCUGGACCAGACUGAUGCGUUUUACUACUUUGCCGACAGCGGCUUCUACUGCGAAGGCUACUCCAGCGACGAGGACGCGCUCGUUAAGGAGGAAUUCAGAGGAAACAUCGUCAAACAAGGAUGCUUGCUCAAACAGGGCCACAGGAGGAAAAACUGGAAAGUCCGCAAGUUCAUCCUGAGAACCGAUCCCGCGUACAUGCAUUACUACGAUCCCACCAAGGGUGAAGACCCCCUGGGGGGCAUCUAUCUGCGAGGCUGCGUGGUCACGGCUGUGGACUUUGUGCCUGAUGCCAAAAAAUACGACAUCGAAGGCAACCUGUUUGAGAUCAUCACCAGGGAUGAGAAGCAGUACUUCCUCCAGGCGGCCUCCGGCGAGGAGAGGAAGGAGUGGAUCCAGGCGGUCCAGGCGGCGUCUAAAAGCGGGAAGUGAUUGAGAGCAGAAGAAGAUGAUGCUGGAUCAAACUUCUUGGACCAUCAUUCCAGCUUCAUGAUUGCUUCGCUUCAGCCUCCUCACCCCCCCCCCCCCCACACACACACCAGACUUCCGCUUUCAAAAAGUGUUAUCUUCCACGCACAGACAUUUCACACUUCCUAGUCCACUUUGGCUUCAACUCUUUAUUUCUUCAUUUUAGUGAGCUGCUCUGCAUUAAAUACAAAUAG